AUGUCAAGGCAUCAGUUUGAUUUAGUAAUGUGCAUGAGGCAACCCGGUACCCAUGUAGGCCUUCUAUGUGAAAAGUGUGAUGGUAGAUGCCCCAUAUGUGAUUCCUACGUUAGACCAAAAAGUAAAGUAAGAAUAUGUGGCCAAUGUGCAUUUGGUAAGAGCGGUAACAGUUGUAUUAUUUGUGGAGCGCCUGGUCUAACAGAGGCCUAUUACUGUUGGGAGUGUUGUAAGCUAGAGAAGAAUAGAGAUGGAUGCCCGCGGAUAACUAAUGUAGGGUCCAAUAGGACAGAUAGGCAUUUUGAGAAGAAAAGUAGUGGUAUGCAAGGACAAAUAAAGUGA